CUCCCACACGUGCAAAGGAUACGAAGGCAAGACGCGCAUGCGGUGCGCGGGUGCGCAUGCGGUGCGUGCGGACUGCGGAAAAGUUCUUCCGCGGAGAUGACGACACCAAAGUAUGGUCUUGAAAGCGUCCACGCAAUCGGCCUUUUGGAGUGGACCCCGUGAUCCGGAGUCGACGGCUUGGGAGGGCGGCACCCACGUCUCCCAAGAGUCAAGGGCACCGCCGUGUACAAUCCAGCGAGCUAGGGUUUGGAAUUCUUCCGCAGCGAGCCGCGCAUCUGGAUCGUGAACGGAAUCGCAGCAGGCAAGAAGGUUUUUCCGAGUCUUUGGGGUUUUCUUGGAACCUUGCGGCGUUAGUCGCGGCGCCUGGUUCCAAGAUGUAUGGCUGUGGAUGAUAUGACGAUGAGUGGUUGGAUUAGGAUUUUGCAUGCUUCUGGUUGUAGAUUGCGUGCUUCCUUGGAUGGCUUCUCUGGGGAUUAAGAAACAUUUGUUUGUAACUCCCAUCCUGGGACUGUUUUUGUAGCAUUAUCCAAGUAGGUAUGGUGAAUUCGAGAUAAACCAGUUUCUUUGUUAAAAUUGUAAGUUUCGUUGCUUUCUUUUGAUUGAGAACAUGGUGGCGUCAUAAAGUCAAGAUUUUGAUUAUAUUCUUGAGUAUCGGAAAAGAGAAUAGGUAUUUGCACUCAUAGUGGAAAUCAUUUUUAUCUAGGAAAACCUAGUAUGGCUUCAGAUACCUCUCAUAAGAGUGUGACUGAGUCCAGCUCUUUGGACUUGGAGGAUAUGCAGUUGAAUAUCAAUUGGGAAGAUGUGAUUUGCCCCGUCUGUUUGGAUUUUCCUCACAAUGGAGUGCUAUUACAGUGCUCUUCAUAUGAUAAAGGCUGUAGACCAUUCAUGUGUGAUACAGAUCAUACCCACUCAAACUGUCUUGACCGGUUCAAGAGUGCAUAUGGACUGCCUGCUGAUACAAAGAUUUCUUCUACUGUGACUGGGACAUCUGCAGUGGGCAUUCAAGCAAUUCCAUCUGAAACUGGCAACUGUCCAAGCUGCCCCUUGUGUAGAGGAGAGGUGACAGGGUGGAUUGUCAUUGAUGAAGUCCGUGCAUUUCUGGACACGAAGAAAAGAUGCUGUCAAGAAAAACAGUGUUCUUAUGUUGGCAACUAUAUGGAGCUGCAACUGCAUGCCAAACAAGAACACCCCCAUGCAAGACCAUCAGAGAUAGACCCAGCACAACAACUAGAUUGGGAAAAUUUCCAGCAGUCCUCUGAAAUUAUAGAUGUCUUGAGUACUAUCCACUCGGAAGUACCACAUGGUGUGGUAUUGGGGGACUAUGUUAUCGAGUAUGGGGAUGCUAGUGGUGAUCAGUAUGAAGAUUUCCCUGGGGAUGAUGGGAAUUGGUGGACGUCUUGCAUCCUUUAUCAUGUAUUUGAUAAUUUCAGGACUUCAAGAAACCAACGGAGAUCAAGAGCAAGUGAGACAAGAAGAAAUCACCGUAGAUCAAACUAUGAUGUUUCAAGCAUGUAUGAUGCUUCUACAUCAUCAGCAGACAAUUUAGAAUAUCAUUUUGAUGACUCUGAUGAUGAGUUUAGAGAAGCAGUUGGUGUAGCAUCUAGGGGAAGAGCUAGUCGCCGCAGCUACCGGAGGCGCAGAUCUCGUUUCCAGGAUUCUUAGGCACCCAUGUUAGGCACUUCUGUUUUUGGGGGAAUGUAAAUAUUUUAUUUCUUCUUUGGUUACCAACAAAACCCUUCUUAUGAAAUACUCUGUAAAUAUAAAUGAUCUCUAUAGUUUUUCAUGUUC